AUGAAAACAUGUCGAAGCAAUCACUUGGCAUGUAUAAAUCAAGGCCAGCUUGAUCCCCCAGUGCGCGUUCUAGACCUAGGCACGGUCAAUCAAAACCAGGCGCGUAUUCGACUGUGUGAGCCCAAGACCUCACGAGGUCCAUACGGCACUUUAAGCCAUUGCUGGAUCUUUCAAGAUGGAAUCACGACCACGAAGGCGCGUUUUCAUAAGUAUACAUCACUUGGUAUUGAAGUGUCGCGGCUACCCCAGUCAGUGCAGGUUGCCAUUCAAGUCUUAAGAUAUCUAGGAAUUCGGUACCUAUGGGUGGAUUCUCUCUGCAUCAUCCAGGAUGAUGAUGAAGAUUGGAAAUCCCAGAUCGCAAGAACCGCGGAAAUAUUCGAGGCUUCCGAUCUCACCAUCGCCGUCUCGGGAAGUGGGAGCUGUGCCGAAGGGUGCUUCAUGAAUGAAUGCUCCAAAUAUCCUGUUAGAAAACUCCACUGGGUUGAUGUGAAUGGUCUGGGAUCCUAUGUUGUGGAGGCUGGAUACAGCUCCAUCCACACCCCAUUCUACGAGGGAAUGAAGCGAGAGGAGCACCUGACCAUGCUGUAUCGCACCUCCUCUGUUCACCAGGAGCGACGAUUUGCUCGCCGUAUUCUCUAUGCGGGCAUCGACGAAUUUGUAUACAAGUGUGGGGAAACAUGCCAAUGUGAAUGUGGAUAUCAGAUAACAUAUUAG